GGGCUCCGGCGGCGGCUCCGCGCAGGGGAGCUGGCGGCGGCGGCGGGGGAACCCUAGGAGCGGGGGAGCGGGGGAUGGGUCGUCAAGGAUGAUAACUAGCUAGCUAAUGAAAUCUCCAAGUAUUCUUCACAAGUGUGCUCUUCUUACCUCUGGCACCAAGUUGAGCCUCAUAGAUUGCUUGGAUUAAUACAAGCCAGUGGUUUGUAAACUGCAUCGCAAAUCUCCUGGUGAUCUAUACUGGCAAUUAUGUUAUGUCUUAUGUGCGAAUUCUGUCAUACAUGUCACUAAUCGUAAUCCAUGGUGACAUUUUGCAUCCUCUUGGCAGAUGCCGUCGGGAAGUGAGUUGAUGGAGACUCGUCGAGAUUUGUUUUUGUUCUUCUCUUCUUUGAGUGUUGGAGUUUAUGUGAUUGUAUUAUUAUUUUUACUUCUCUUGCAGAAUAAAAGAGUCUAAUUUAUUCAUUUGCCGUGCUAUUGGAUUAUUCUGGAACUAUUUUUCAGAUAAAAGAGCAGGAUCAAGAGGAUUUUCAGACAUCCUUUUAUUAUGACACCCUUUUGAUGUUCCUGCUACCUGGGUUUUUUUAUACAUAAUUAGGAAGAGACUAAUGGAUCAAUGAUGAAAAUGUCUUUAUUUCUAAAAUUGUGUUAAUGUUGAUUAUUGUUAUUGCAGUAGAGGGUUAAUCUUGAAUGUAAUGUCAUUGAUGAUACAUGGAUGAAUAACUGCAUUCUUAAUAAAUAAUAUGUUUUACUAUUUGACAAUCAGAAUUUGUUAGUCACUUAGAGCAGAGUUGGUAGAGAAAUUUAGCAUAAGCUUCUGCCGGUAAUAAUUUUGAUUAUUUUCAACCUUUUAUGGCUUGGCAUCUUGUAUAUGUCUUUGCACAUGGAUUUCACAUGCUGGCUAACUAUCACAAAAAAUGUGCAAAUUGAUACUCAAUUUGAACUAAAACCACGACACUUAUUUUGGAUCGGAGGGAGUAUUAUUUUGAAGAUUCUAGUUUUAAAACUGAAAAUGUGCAUUCUCAGUAUCCAUGUGGCAUUGCAUAUUUUUCAGUUGAACGGUAAAAAGGCCAUGGCUGAUGAGAGAAAAGCGGAGCAGGUACGCUGGCCAGCUGGGUGCAUUUAUGCUGAUGGCUGCAUUGAAGUAGAGCCUGGACGCUUGGUAUUGCAGCACAAUUAUUGAAGUAGGGCUUGGUAUUGAUAAAAAAAAAGUUUGAAUCCCCUGGUUUAUCAUUGGGACAGGAAAUUUCAAGAUUCUGUACUGGAAGUUUCUUUAAAGUUUGUGUUGUUAUUUGAUACAAAUAGUCCUAUAUGUCUCCACAUUUUUUUUCUGGUCAGACUGCUUAUGCAUGUAAAAUGCUUGGCUCAAAAAUGCUUCGCGAUAACUAGUUUGAUAUUAAUGGACGUGCAUGUUUCUUGGGAAGCAUGUUAAUAUUUUAGGCCUGCAUAAAGCAAUUUUAAUCUGUGUCUCUUAACAAGUGAUAAACCUUACUUUUUAAAACUUUGCCUGAGUUGCUGAAAAAGCUAAACUAGUGUGAAUAAGCCCAGCUGUUCAACGGUACAGCUAGUUAAUGUGUGACAUGACAAGACGAACAUAGUAGUAAUGGCGAGUGGGCCAGUUCAUGUCCUGGCACAUGAAUUAUUGCUAUUGGACUGGAAGGCCACCUUCGUGGACACUAUACAGAGCCAUAGCCACAGCUUGCACUGCAUUUUUCAGAGGAGGGGGGAGGGCUCCAGUAUGCUCCGAUUGGAUCUGAUCUCCCCUUGCAGCACUCUCAUCGGUCUGUACCCAGGUGUAGAAGCAGCAAUCACAUUCUCUUUCCUCUGUUUUCCUUUUAGCAUUGUGAGAUUUUAAGAAUAGCAAUUGGAUGACCGUUGGAGCAAAUUGCAUCUUCAAGAUGAACACUAUUGGUUCUUACUAUCAGUGGGUUUUCCUUGUUGGAAGAGUGGUUUGUAAGCCUUCAGUUUCCAUUCACUGAAACAAAUCACCUGGGUGUUUUGGGUGAAUCUCCCUUGCCGAGUUUGUCUGAUCCAUGGCGGCCAUACUUGGAUCUUUGCUUGGAUCAUGUGCCAGUAAGUUGCAAAAUAUCAUUACAGAUGAGGCCAUACUAAUCCUUGGGGUGGAAGAAGAUCUCAGAGAAGUCCUGCAGCAAGUAGAACUAAUACAGUGUUGCAUAUAUGAUGCUGAGAAAAGGAGGACCAAAGAGCUAGCAGUAAACAAUUGGCUCGGCCAACUGAGAGAUGUUAUAUAUGAUGUUGAUGAAAUCCUGGACGUGGCUAGGUGUAAAGGAAGCAAGCUACUGCCCGACGAUCCUUCAUCAUCAUCAAGCAAUGCGGCUGCAUGUAAAGGCCUCUCAGUUUCCUCUUGCUUUUGUAACAUCUGGUCACGCCGUGAUGUUGCUGUUCGGAUUAGAAGCCUCAACAAAAAAAUAGUAAACAUUUUAAAGGACACGGUAUUCUUAACACUCAACACUGGUAUGCAGCCUACCAGAAAUGGUCCAACAUCCAAACUGAUAAGAAGCUCCAACCUUGUUGAGCCCAACCUUGUGGGGAAGGAGAUCAUAUAUUCUAGCAAGAAGCUGGUGGACUUAGUUGUUGCACAUAAGGAAAGUAAGUCUUACAAGCUUGCUAUUGUUGGAACAGGAGGAGUUGGUAAGACAACACUAGCUCAGAAAAUAUACAAUAACCAAAAAAUUAAAGGAAGCUUCAAGAUGCAAGCAUGGAUUUGUGUUUCACAAGACUACAAUGAAGUAACUCUUCUUAAAGAGGUUCUCCGGACUAUUGGUGUGCAUCAUGAGCAAGGUGAAACCAUAACAGAGCUCCAGAGGAAGCUUGCAGAAACAAUUGAAGGGAAGAGUUUCUUUCUGGUUCUAGAUGAUGUCUGGCAUUCCAAUGUAUGGAUGGAUCUAUUAAGGCCUGCAUUUGCAUUACAUGAAACAACAUCCGGAGUAAUAUUGUUAACCACACGAGAUGAUCAAAUUACAAGGAGGAUAGGUGUAGAGCAUACCCAUCGAGUUGAUCUCAUGUCUGUAGAGGUGGGAUGGGAGCUACUUUGGAAGAGCAUGAACAUUGAGGAAGAGAAAGAAGUGCAGAAUUUAAGAAACACGGGAAUUGAGAUUGUUCGUAAAUGUGGUCACCUCCCUCUUGCAAUCAAGGUUACCGCUAGUGCUUUGGCAAGCAGAGAUCUAACGGAGAAUGAGUGGAAAAAGUAUUUGGGCAAAUAUGCUGGUUCCCAGAACAUGCUCUUGGAUGAAAUAGAAGGAGCUUUGUAUCUAAGCUAUGAUGAGUUAGCACAUCGUCUGAAGCAGUGUUUCCUUUAUUGUGCUUUGUAUGCUGAAGAUUCUAUCAUUGAGCGUGAAGAAGUUACCAGGUUAUGGAUUGCUGAAGGAUUCAUCGAGGAGCAGCAAGGCCAACUACUAGAAGACAUAGCAGAAGAGUACUACUACGAGCUAAUACAUCGGAAUCUCCUCCAGCCAGAUAUUAACAGUUUUGACCAGGCUGAAUGCAAAAUGCAUGACCUCUUGAGGCAGCUUGCUUUAAAUAUAUCAAGAGAAGAAUGUUCUGUUGGAGAUGUUGAAUUAUUAAGCGGUGAAAAUAUGUCAAAACUGCGACGUAUUACUGCUGUUAUUAAGAAGGAUAUGUUGGUGUUACCUAGAGUGGAUAAGGUGGAUGUUAAGGUGAGGACUUUCAUAACUAUUAAGGGUGCAACGAGAAUUGAGGAUACAUUGUUCAAGAGAUUCCUCCUCCUUCGUGUUUUAGUACUGAAUUACACACUUGUACAAAGCAUUCCAGGCUAUAUAGGAAAAUUGAUACAUCUACGUCUACUUAAUCUGGAUUAUACUGGCAUAUCUUGUCUUCCGGACUCCAUUGGCUCCCUAAAGAACCUUCAAGUACUGAGCCUGAAAUGGUGUCAUGAUCUGCACGGUCUUCCUUUGGCAAUGACCCUGUUGUGCAGUUUAAGAUGCCUUGAUCUUUUUGGCACAGAAAUAAAUCAGGUUCCAAAAGGCAUGGGGAAAGUGAAGCUCCUCACUUAUUUAGGAGAUUAUCCUGUUGGUGAUGGAAGUGAGAAUGCUGUUAUACAAGAUGGAUGGAACUUGGAAGAGUUGUCUUCUCUGACGCAGAUGAGGUAUCUUUCUCUUGUUAAAUUGGAAAGAGCAGCUCACUGCAGUACAAAUGCAGUGCUUACGGACAAAAAACAUCUAAAAGAACUAAUGCUAGAGUGGACUGGACGUGGAGAGGGACCAUAUUCAGAAGAACAUGUCAGCAAUGCUGAGAAGGUCUUUGAGCAGCUAAUACCUCCACCGAACCUGGAAGACCUAUGUAUUUUUGGAUUCUUUGGUCGGCGGUUUGCCACCUGGUUUGGUACCACCUAUUUGUCUUCAUUAAUAUACUUGAAACUCAUAGAUGUACGAUCAUGUGUGCAUCUUCCACCCAUCUGGCAGCUAGCCAACUUGAAAUAUCUGAGAAUUGAGGGAGCACAUGCAGUAACCAAGGUUGGACCUGAAUUUGUUGGUUGCAAGAAGGGUGAUCCUGUAUGUGAUGAGUUGGUUGCUUUCCCAAAACUUGAAUGGUUGAUCUUCCAAGAUAUGCCCAACUGGGAGGAGUGGUCUUUUUUUGAGGAAGAAGUUGCUGCUGCUGAUGGACGGGGAGAGGAUGGAGCUGCUGAGAUUCGAAAAGAGGAUGCCCAACCUGCAAGGGUGCGACUGUUGCCUCGUUUGUUGAAAUUGCAACUUCACGGUUGCCCAAAGCUGAGGGAUCUCCCGCAACAGCUUGGAAAGGACACCGCCUGUUUGAAGGUGCUUAGUUUAGUAGGACUAAACAACUUGAAGGCCGUGGAGGACCGCCCAGUGCUCUGUGAGCUCCUUGUUAUUGACGCUUGUGAAGGCCUGGAGAAGGUCUCCAACCUCCCUCGUGUGACAGAACUGCAUGUAGGUGGUUGUCCAAACUUAAGCCAUGUAGAGGGGCUGGGCAGUUUGCGGCAACUAGGGGUGGACAAGGAUAUGCAAAAGAUCUCUUCAUGCUGGUUGCAUGGGCUUCAAGAGCAGCACCAACGACUUCAUGGCGAAGAUCUGGAUAUCUAUACUCUGUUUAGGGAGUAGCUGGCUCAAGCCUAGGACUGGUGGUGCGGUUCUUUUCGGCUGGCAAAGCACGAGUCAUACCAAGCUGGGGAAGCCUGUCCAUGCUAAAGCUGUGUAAGUGCCAUGAUCUGUAGCGAGCUGCUGAAGGAAGUGUCCUGUUUUUCUUUGGGCAGGUGCCCUGGAAUUAUUGUAUAGAAUUUCGUCUUAUUUCUUUCUGAAUUUUUCCGGAGACCUUCGUUGUACUGAAUCUGCAUGGCAUGGUUUCGUUCUUUGGCUGUAACCCACGCAUUUCAUUUUAUUCCAUUCUGAACUUGGGGCCGGAGGCCCUUUGCUGUAGUGAACCUGCAUGGCACGGUUUCGUUGUUUAAAUGUAAUCGAUGAAUUUCGUUUUGGCACGAUUUUAUUCUUUGAGUAUAAGUGACGAAUUUGGUUGUGUUUCA